AUGGCCAAGAAGAGGCUCCUCCUCGCUCACAAGCUCUUCUCGGCCAUGCUCUCCCUCCUCCUCCACGGCCGCCGGCCGCCUCCUCACUACUCCGGCAGGUCAUCAACCCCGCCGGUGGUGCACCGCGGCGCCGGCCCUCAGACGCUGGACGCACGGACCACGACGGCCGCCCUCGUCGUAGACGUCGACACCGCGCUGCUGCGCUCUGGAGACCUGUUCCCGUACUUCAUGUUGGUGGCGCUCGAGGCCGGCGGCUUCAUGCGCGGUCUGCUGCUGCUCCUGCUGUGCCCGCUCAUCCGCCUGCUCAUGCCCCGCGGCGCCGCCGUCAGGGCCAUGGCGGCGGUGUCGUUCUGCGGCCUGCGAGCGGGGCGGUUCCGCGCCGGCCGCGCCGUGCUGCCCAAGUGGCUCAUGGAGGACGUGGCAGCGGAAGUGUUCGAGGCCGUGCGCGCGGCGGGGAUCAGGGCGGUCUGCGUGACUGCCUUGCCCAGGGUCAUGGUCGACGGGUUCCUCGGGGUGGAGGCGGUGGUUGCCAGGGAGAUGAAGGUCGUUUGGGGGUUCUACACCGGACUCAUGGAGGAGCUGCCGGAGGGUGGUGGAGAGAUGGUGAUGAAGGCGGUGGUGGCGGCGCCAGCGCCGGCGCCGGCGGCUGAGGAGGAGAGUGACAAGGCGUUCGUGGGGUUCUCUGGGUCAAUGGAGUUUCUUAAUCAUCCACUGGCACGUUGCUAUAAUUAUUUCGCUUCCAUUUAUGGUAGGUUCUCUUUUCAGUUUGACUUUGAAUAUUUAAUGAGCUAA